GCGGCGCGCGUUGAGCGGUGCGUGGCGCGCGGUGCGUGGCGAGGCCGGGAAACGGCGGUCCACGGUCUGCAGGGCGGAGGCGGCGGCAGCGGCGGAGGCGGCGUGGGUGAAUGCCGGGGGCCGCUCCAGAGCCCAGCGUCUGCACGGGGGCGGGGCCGCCCGGCGCUGUCCCGCCAUGAAGGACAACACCCCCAAGAGAAGAGAGCUGGUGAAAUGCGUGGUUGUGGGCGACACCGCCGUGGGCAAGACGCGCCUCAUCUGCGCGCGGGCCUGCAACAAGCACGUCUCCCUGUCGCAGCUGCUGACGACGCACGUCCCCACCGUCUGGGCCAUCGACCAGUACCGCAUCUACAAAGACGUGUUGGAACGGUCCUGGGAGGUGGUUGAUGGAGUCAAUGUGUCUCUUCGAUUGUGGGAUACAUUUGGUGAUCAUGAGAAGGAUCGCAGAUUUGCAUAUGGAAGGUCAGAUGUGGUGCUGUUGUGUUUUUCCAUUACAAAUCCAGUUUCACUGAGAAACUGUAAGAUUAUGUGGUACCCUGAGAUAAGGCGAUUUUGUCCUCAAACACCAGUUCUGCUUGUUGGGUGCAAGAGUGAUCUGCGUUACAUGUACAGAGAUGAGACAUAUCUUAGCUUCUUCAGGGAUCGUAGUCCUUUUGUGAGGCCAACUAGAAAAAGUGAUCUGGUGAUGCCUGACCAGGCCCGCACAAUUGCUAAGGAACUGGGUAUACCCUACUAUGAGACCAGUGUUCUCACUUAUUAUGGUGUGAAUGAAGUGUUUGAAAAUGCAAUUCGUGCUGCUCUUAUUGCUCGGAGACAGCAGAGAUUUUGGAUGACAAAUCUGAAGAAAGUUCAGCGUCCUUUGCUACAGGCACCGUUCCGUCCUCCCAAGCCACUGCCACCAGAACUUCAUGUGACAGCUAGCGGCUAUGCAGAAAAUAUGCAAGCACUGUGGCUACAUCAAGCCUACACAGAUGUUGUUUUUGUGGCAGGUAGUAUAGGUUUCUCAGCACACCGAUUUGUUUUGGCAGCUGCUUCACCUACUUUUCACAAGCUGCUAGUUGCAGGACUUGAUCUGGGAGUGCGCAGUUCUAGUGAGUCCAGUAUGGUAAGCACAUUUGGUGAGGCAACUGUGGGUGACUUCAAUGAUGAUACAGAAUGCCUCAUUCGUCAGUCUGACAGUUACUUCAAGCCUUCUCGUGUCUGGGAGCAGUUGAAACGGCGCUCCAGUUGCCAGGUCCUCACCACAGACAGCAGUAAGAGAUUAGGAUCUUCACGAGAACUCAACCAUCCAGCUCUCCAAGCAAUUAGAAUUGAACAGUGUGAGGCUACCAAUACUGUUGGAGGGAGCCAGAGACCUAACAGGCCAUGCUGCAGUGUUCAGACUGUAAUAACAUUAACUAAACUGGUAACACCACAAGCCAUGCAGCAAUGCCUACAGUUUUUGUACACAGGAUCAAUUGACCCACGGUACUGUGAAUUGCAAGAAAUAAGACAGGCAGCUGAAUUCCUUGAAUUACCAGAACUGCUCAGUUUUGUCAGCAACAUUCAAGCUCAUGAAGAAUUUCUGAAUGCUGAUGUGAAACAGCAAUAUCGGAAGGAAGUACGCCGUCGGUUGGAAGAUCUGUGUCUUGGCCAGGGAUUGUUCUCUGACAUUGUUUUCCAACUGGAUGAUGGCUCAUACAGUGCCCAUCGUCCAAUGUUAAUGGCUCGUUGUGAUAUGAUGAAAGCAAUGUUUUCAGGGGACUUCAGGGAAAGUAGUGCCAAAGUGAUCCUGUUCCCAGGAGUGCGAGAAGACACAUUUCAUCAAUUACUUGUGUAUUUGUAUACAGAUGAUGUGCCACCAGUUUCUCCUGCAAGAUGCCUUGAUCUGCUUGAACUAGGAAAUCGGCUAUGCCUGCCACGAUUAGUAAAUCUAGUUGAAAAACGGGUAGUUGAGGAACUGUCACAUUUAGCAUCAGCUUCCAUUGAUGGUGCUCCAUCUGAUGCCGUGCUAGAGCACUGUUUACGCCUGCUCGAACCAUGCAAGUUACACAAUGCUGACCAAUUAGCUGACUGGUGCAUGAAUUAUUUGUGUACAAACUACAACAGACUUUGUAAGAUGUCUCCAAAACUGCUCAAAACUCUCCAUCCAGAAAACCAGGACUAUCUGAGCGAGCAUCGCUGGCCACCAGUCUGGUACUUGAAAGAUUAUGAUUACUACCAGAAGUGUGUGGCUGAGCGUGAGAGGGAGGAAAAACCAUCUCUGAAGAGGAGCCGACAUAAUUCAGGUGGCUGCUUGUGCUUCACUGGGGGGAAAGCUCGUCGCGACACAUCUAGGAGUGGCGCUGCAUCCGAUAUUAGGCAUGCAACUGUAUGACAGUGCUGCUCCGGGUGUGGGGGUCGCCCCCUGGCCCUUGCUCUCGGAUUUUCAGCCUUUGUGUGUGCAGUGGUCACAACAUUCACAUUACUUGUGCAGUUUUGGUAGAUUCUUUGCAUCAGUGGACUAAAUUGUUGUUACUGAAUAUCAGUGGCAUAAACAUUUGUGUGGUAAUCUUUCUUUUUCAACAGUGAGUACAUUUUGUGGAGACCAAGAAAUUAGCAAAUCAUUCUAUACUUACUGUAACAGAAACCGAAGAUUCACAUUUUACUGAAAGUGUGAAUAAAAGGACUGCAAGUGCUUUGUAAUGCAUUAGUGCAUACAUCACACACAGUGGUCUUGCACUUUAAUAUGACUGAUGGAAAGUGACAACCAAAGAGAAAAAUAUAAAUUCUGGAAAUAUUGUGACAUCCUGUGAGUGAGUGAAUUUGUGUGUGUGUGUGUGUGUGUGUGAGAGAGAGAGAGAGAGAGAGAGAGAGAGAGAGAGAGAGAGAACGAACUUAAGUAAGCAUAUGUGUGAUUCAGGUACAGAGCAGUGCAUUUAGUAUUUAGAUGCAUUUUGUGACAACUUUUAUAAUAAAAAUCAAUGAAAGAAUGAUAAAAGUGUUCUUUACAGGGAACUUCAUAGUAGCUACAAUAGCAGUCAAAAUAGUAAUUACUUCUGUCAUUACAAAUUACUUUUUAUUUCUGCUGGAGUGUGAAAAUGUUUUAUGUGCAUUGUUCACUUUAGUCUGCUUUGAUCAGUGCAGAUUACUCGUAAUUCCUAACCUACAAGAGUGUUAAAAUUGUUAAUCAUAAAAAAAUCUCUCUUCUAUCAUUACCUUAAUGCCUGGUACUAUUCUCAGCAUUACUUACCUGAAAAUUUAGGCCUAUUCUGUACUGUUCAGUAUAAUCUGAUGAAUCACGCAGGGUAUGGUCUUGAUGUGGUUGUUACAAGUCAAUUUUAAGUGCAUAGUAAUUCCAAAUAUUUCAUUUCGCAUUAAUCAACAUCGUAACAAUGACUUUAAAUCAAGGAACUUUAUUUCUCCUUUUUUCGUCAGUCCUGCAUUUUUGUCAUGGCCAGAACAUAAAAAAAUGAAAAGGUUUGUUAUGUUUCAUUGUCAUUAUUAUACUCCUAUGUGCAUGGCACAGCAUAGAUUUGAUACAUUUCACAGUGUCUUUUUUUGCAACAAAAAUUCAUUUCACUUGUAAAUAACAGUUUAGCAACUUUAUGAUAACUUCACAUUUUAUUCUUUUAAAUCAAAAAUCAAACCCAUUAGUGUCACUCAUUAACAAAUGUUUCUGAAUAUGUAAACAGGGAAAAAGUAGCUCUGCUGCACCAAUCCGGGAAAGGUCUGGCUGAUUUGAAAAUGUUUCACUUACGGCAAUUGUAUUGCAUCGAAAUGGUACACCAACUUGUCUAUUUUGUGUUACAAUGGAUACAGUGAACUGUGUGUGUCACCAAUAUCAUCAGUAUUCUGAGCAGACAGAAGAAAUGUAGGGUUGAAAUAAUGUUUCCAUGUUGCUUUUGUAUAGUUUUUCUUAAUCUCACUUCACAUGCUAUAGCACACCUGCCUUGCUCUGCGUCUCAGGCAGUCUUUCUGUAUUAUGGACACUAGUUAAUAAACAUUUGAUUACCAAUACUGUGUAAGUCAUGAAUGUUCAUCACUUUCAAGCUGUGUUUUUAUGGAAAGUUUGCACUGUGAUAAAAUCUGUAAAAUAUUUUUAUGCUACAAAAAAAUUGUUGUAUCUUUGUUCUUAUAUACUGCUCAAGAGCUUAAAAGAAUUGUGGAGUUAUUUUGUAGUACUCUUCAAAUUAACUCCCAUUUUUCAGGAAAACUGGCAGUAAUCCAGACUUAAGUUUAGUUCAUAGUUGACAGAAAAGGAGAUUUCAAAGCCCUAAGCUGCAUAAUUUUAGUUUUAAAGAAUGAAAGCUCUCUUUUUCUUAGUCACGUAUUCAAAUCAACAUGUUCUGUUUUCCAAAUAUUCCUUGCUAUUGUACAUAACUGAACAGUUUUUUAUACUAAUAAUUGUUCGUAGAAUGAAUGGAAGCUGGAAGCUGUUCAUGAGUAGCAUAAUGUGUAUGUGAUCACUGAAUCUGGUGUAUGCAGGACACGUGAAUAUCAAAAUGUAAAUGCUUACCUAGAGCAGAUAUGCCUACCACAUGCAAACCCUGCCAUGCCUAAACUUUUCUGCAGGCACAAAUAAUAUAAUGAAAUGGAUUAAUGCACACUGUUGUAAUUGAAUAUAUUUCCCAGAAUACACUAAAUAUUUUGGUA